AUGGCUUCCCAAAGGGCAUUAUUCGUUAUCGAUAUACAGAACGAGCUCAUCAGAGAUCCCGAGACCCGCAUUGCGAAUCCCGAGCGGAUCACUCAGGCAUCCGAAGAAAUCCUCAAGGUUGCUCGUUCAAUCCUGGAUCUCAACUCCUCGGGAACUAGCCGCGCUUCCCCCGCACUUCUGGUCUUUGUCCAGCAUGAGGAGUCUCCGCCGGAGGGAACUAUGCUGAGGGGCAGCAAGCCUUGGGAGCUCUUCUUUCCACCUCGCGAAAGUCGCGACGAUGAGAUACUAGUGGCGAAAACUACCAGAGACACUUUCGCAUCCAACCCUGACCUUGCGGCGAGGCUUCGCAAUAAAGGUAUCUCUGAGCUCGUGGUGCUCGGCCUCCAGAGCGAGUGCUGUGUGGAGGCGACGUGCAUGGGGGCGCUAGCCGCUGGAUUUGGCGUGACCUUGCUCUCCGGUGCGCAUUCGACCUACGAUAGUGACGAGAAAAAAGCCGUACAGAUUGAACGUGAAGUUCAGCUUCGCCUGUCUACUCGUGGCGCUCGUAUUGUUCCUUGGGAAAAGGAGAUUUCCACAUGGGCAUAA